AGUAGUACGUAGUUGGCAUUUAAAAGAUAAGCGUUUAAUGCACACGGUUUGACAGGGAUGUUUGGGCAGACGAAAAAUGUAUGGCGAGCCACGUCAGUACAAAGAAUGAAUUGAAAGUUGUUGAAAUGUAGCAGCAAAAUGAGUUCUACCUCCUAUCCGUCGACGGUCCAUGACUGGAUGCAAGCGAUACGCAGACCAGUACCAUACAGGGUUGGCAGUGCACGCCUCCAUAUCAAAACACGCUCUGUUGCCUAUGGGGUAUUGUUCAUGGCAGCAAUUCUUACAUUGGUUGUUUAUAUCUUGCCCACUCAAUAUAUACAACGAAAUUGUCCAGAUAUAUAUCCCGUUUCACAUGAGCAUACUUAUCCGUUUACAGCUCCAGUUAAAAAUGAAUCUGGGAUCCAUUAUAAAAUAGCUGUUGUGACAGAUCUUGAUACAGAUUCUAAGAGUAAAAACGACAAGGAUACGUGGUUAAGUUACCUGUUAUAUGGAACUUUGUCAAUAUCUACAGAUCAGAAACAUGUCACUGUAAACUUAGAUUCAGAAGCAAAAACACUCAAAUCUACAUGGAGUCAGGGAGGGCGUGGAAUGGAGCUCUCCGAGCUUAUUGUGUUCAAUGGGAAACUUUACACCAUGGAUGACAGGACUGGAGUUGUAUACGAGAUUAGUGACAAUAUGGUGAUUCCUUGGGUCAUUCUCACAGAUGGUAAUGGCAGAUCGCAGAAAGGUUUCAAGAGUGAGUGGGCAACAGUCAGAAACGGAAAGUUAUAUGUUGGAGGUUUGGGGAAGGAAUGGACAACACAAACUGGGGAAGUUGUCAACUUGAACCCUCAGUGGGUCAUGUCUAUCUCUGCCACUGGACAGAUCACACACCAUGACUGGCACACAUAUUACAAUGCUAUGAGGAAGGCCACAGGACAUAGCUUACCAGGAUAUAUGAUCCAUGAGUCUUCUGCAUGGAGCGAUAUCCACAAACGCUGGUUCUUCCUCCCACGACGAGCCAGUAGGGAAAGAUAUGAUGAUAAGAUAGAUGAAAGAAAGGCAACCAACAUGAUGAUAAUAGCAAACGACAAAUUUGAUGAUAUUGAAAUCAGAUAUAUUGGUGUUAAAAAUGAUCUAAGAGGAUUUUCUUCAUUCAAAUUCAUUCCAGGGACAAACGAUCAAAUGAUUGUUGCGUUAAAAUCUGAGGAGGUAGAAGGAAGAGUAGCCUCCUACAUACUAGUAUUCACUGUUAAUGGGGAUAUCAUUCUUUCUGACAAAAAAAUAGGAGACCAUAAAUAUGAAGGAAUAGAAUUCAUUUGAGACAACUAUUUGAAAAGUUAUUUUUUUUACAACUGAAUCUAUGAUCAUGUUUUAGCACAUAUUUUAUGUAGAUUUAAAAUCUACGACCGUAACAGGGUAUACAAUGAUCUUAUCCAUUCAUUGCUUUUUUUUUUGUCUAGAAUCUUUCCAAGUGGGAUAAAGAGAUUGCUUCUCGACUUUGAAAGAUAUGUGGAAAAUGAUUGAUUAAGAUUUUAUUUUAUUGAUAAUUGUGUCUCUAAAUUCUUUAAUGUUAUUUUCAUUUGUUAAGAGG